AUGGUAUUUCCCAAUCUCGUAGCAGAAGAAGGGAAAAUUGAAUGCUCCGGAGAAGAUUUAAAAAAGGUACAAAAGGAGCCUAAGCGAGACGAAGAGAACGAAGAGCUUCAUGAAGACGCGACUUUAGAUCAAGAGGAAGAGGACCCGAAGGAACCAGGCUCAAGACCAUGCCCAUUCGACAGCAUAAAAGUUAAGAACGUUGCACGUAAGUGCAUGACUCCACCAAAAGCUCACAAUAGAGACCAGAUGGAUGACUCUACCCCUCAGCAAUUUCGGCAAUACCGACAAAUGCUGCCUACAGUGGCGCUGCUGCAUAAACUUGCACACAUGUGGACCAGUAGAGUUGCCCGACUAGCAAGCUUAUUAACGCCUGUUUGCUCCAACUACGUUGCCAUAUGCCGUAGUAAUCAAAGCACUGUGCCUAGGUUGGCUGGCGCCCCCGACUUUAAGCCUAGAGUGACGACCAUAGAACCCACCAUCUCUGAGGCGUAUAACACGAUGGAUUCAAACGAGUGGAUGAGAGCUGAUCAGGAAAUUAAAAAACGACUUGGUAUUUGUGGUGUUUUACUAUUUUACUUCUGA